UCCAGAUAGUCAUCGUAAUCCCCUGUGCUCCUGGGGAGAUUGCCCACGAAAAGGGUGUUUAUGGGAGUAUUUCCGUGACAAGGUUUGGACUUUCGUUGAGACAAUUGUAACACUCCGGGAGGGUGAAGUAUGACUGUCUGUCAUACACGUCGAUCUACAUGAUCUACUCACUGUUUGUGCAGCCCAUGUAUCUUCCUCGGGCAAGGACAUGGGAGUACUCACCGCAUCCAGGAUCUUCAUCUGGAUGCCCAGCUUCGAAUACCUCAUCCAUUGCGAGGCCGCUCUCAACAACACAGCAACCCUCCUCAACUUUAAUCUCUCUCUUGACGACAACGUCCGAGACAUCUCUGUCUAUCUAGCCCACGGAGAAUCAAAUGAAAAAGCCGCAAUUGCAACCCGCAAGGGUCUGUUUAUCGUAUCCCUAGACCCCGAAAUCAGCAAGCUCACUGCGGAGGCCCCGCCUCGUCCUGGCGUAUCUGUCUGCUGUGUCACGAAAUACGACCACAGCCGACACCGAUCUUUCAUCUCAUGUCUGCAGAUGACGCACACUGGGCUCUUUUUCAACUGGUACCCAUCUUCAGAGCAAAACAGGCCAUCUCAGCCUGCACGGCGCAUGGCGCAUGGUGAUGAUCCAUGCCUCAGCCUCAGCAGGCAAAUCAGAUCUGUGUGCCUGUUCAGCUUGUGCCAGCUCAAGGCGUGGAAGGCAGAGACACUUUUUGCCCGGGCUGGAGCCUAUUGAGUCUAGUGAUGAUGAUGAGCCACGUGAAGGUGCAGUUUCUG